AUGGACCUUGUUCUUCCAAGAUUACAACAAAAUCUGCGCAUUGUCGGGAGACAGUUAAGUGAACUGGCACGGAUUUCGUUAUUUCUUUGUUGCAUAAUGUGCCUCCAACUUUAAUUUCCAGAAAUCCACCGGUUUGUUCGUGUGUAACAACAAAUGCUCUUUUUCAAGUAUGUACAUCGAAAACGCAUCUGAUGGGAGAAAAUAUGUUGAUCAAGGCGGGGGCAAGGCAGGCGGGGGUUGGGGGAAGGGGGGGGGAGGUUAUGAAUUUCUCGAGAGGAGUAUUGCGCAUUAGGUCUUAAAGCAUUUGAGACAUGUCAAGGCACUUCAUCAAAAUUGUUGUAAAUAUCUUAGCAAAAAGAGUGCUAAAUGCACGGUAAUACCCUCUAGAUAUGCUCGUACCACCUGAUUGACAUCAUUGAUCUGGUUUGCUGUAUUACUUCUGUCUUUCUAGAAAUCUUAGAAAAAAACUCAGAAUCUAAAAGUCAUCAAAGGUUAGCUUUUAACCCUAAGCAAAAUUUUCUGUAGGAUUCGAAAACUUCCAUCGAGGAUUCGACGAGCAGUCCGACGGAGCAUGGAACGUGUCCUUGUCCGUAUUGGAGUUAAGCGUCACAGGGAAAGAAAACAAAAACUAGAGCGAUUUCAGAGCAGCAUUGACAAAAUAUUUAAUUUAAAACGUCGUGGAAGCCGUGGAGCUGAAGAAUCAUCAGGUUUCAUCAGUGAGGAGGAUUUGGAAGAUGAAGAUUUUCCUCCAGACUACAGCAACAGCGAGCUUAAAAUCAAGACCAUACCGACAGGCAGAGGAAGUUUAUUGACUGAAACUGAUGGCCCGAUCGAAAUUGAAAUGACAGUCUUCAAAUAG